AGGAAAGCUGUUAUUUUCACCUGAGAGGGCAAUAGAACACACAGCACAAGGGGUGGAGGAGAGCAGGAAGAACUUUGUCUGUGGGGUUGCUCUUCUCAUUGCCUUCAGUUGACCUCAAGGCUUUGUGGAACUGGACUAUGGGACACGGUUAGCUACAGUAUAUGGCCUCUGGCUGAAGCUCUAAGGACUUUAUGGGUGUUUGAGGCUCAGGCCUACUGUGGAUGUCUGGGUACUGAGCCCCUGAGUCAUUGUCUAUGAAUACACUGGCUGUCUGUACUGUAGUGAGUGUGUCCAAGACAGCUAACCUCAAGGAGGAAGAUGUGGGAGAUGCGCACAGACACAAACAUAUGUCCUACAGAACAUGAAUGAAAAAUAACACUCUUUGAUGCUUCUGAGUGUGAAGUAACACAGAUAGGUUACACUACAGAGAGUUCUGGACGUACCCUCUCUUUCUCUCUUUCUCUUUCUCUCUCUCACAUACACACACACACACACACACACACACACACACACACACACACACACACCCUGAGACAUGGAUACUAUGGUGAAGCAGUCUCUGGCGGUGCCCAUAAAGAAGCUGUCCAGCUGUGUGACAGGAGUGAAGGAGAGAGAGGUGUGGGCCAGGCGCAGGGCCAAGAGGGGGACAGGAGGAGUAAAGAGCAGCCCUCCACGGACGGGACAGACCUCCGUCACACGCUCCUACCAAGCUGACCUGGAGAAGGAGAGGAAGCUGAGGGAAACCCUGAAUGCUCAGAAGCAUGCAGAGAGAGCCGCCAUGAGGGAUCACUUCAGGAAGAAGUACCAGCUCUCCAAGAGUUCCAAGGACACCAGCCACCUGAGUGCGGCGCAAGGGAAAGUGGCACUCCCCCGUCAACUGGCUAAACUGAUUGGUCCUGAGACCCCGGCCAAGGACGAUGGCUACAGCCUGCUGAGCGCCUUCCAAGGACUCAACUUCAACAUGGGGAUGCUUGGAGGCAAGCAGACCAAGUCGUCCACUCCAAUGUCAGUCAACGGAGAGGCCUGCAAAGUCAUGUGAUCAAAGAGAACAUACUAGAUACUACACAGAAUCAACCUGCAACAUGCUAAAAACAUGCCUUAUGCCUAAAUGAUGAAGAAUAACAUUUUAACACAACAUAGUAGCAGAUUGGAGGGAACACAUUGACAGACGACUUUGUCACACUUUAUCUCCUUAUCUGUCUUUAACUCUCUCUCUCUCUCUUCCCCCCCUCUCCCUCUCUCUCUCUUCCCCCUCUCCCUCUCUCUCUC